AUGCUCUGUUUGUCUCAACUUGGAUUGUUAGUUUGUUCUGGAUAUUCUAUUUACAAUCAUAUAUUAAACAAAUUAAUUGUUUGAAACUUCUCACAGGAAAUGUUAUUGUGAUGAUUUUAGUGCAAAUUCUAACUUUAUGCCAAAAUUGUGAAAGCAAUGUUUGAAAACAGAAAAACUAUGUUUCAUAGCGCAACUCAAAGAACCUUUUCUAUGCCAUUGUACUUUGGUUAACGAGACAAAGUAUAUCUUUAUAGCCUGAAAAAUUAAAUGAUAUUCAUGGAAAUUUAAUUAUGGAUCCCGAUGAUUUUGGACUUGAUUCCGUCUUUGAAGAAGAGCCAGAUAAUUAUUCAGAUGGAAGUUGUUAUUCACAGACAAGACGUUUUGACAGAUUUUCAACUCGCACACUUCCGGUGAGACGGAAACGAUACCACUCCUUUGACAAAUCUUAUGUCCAUAAUGAUAAAUUCCCAGGGCAAAACUCGAUUUAUCCACAUGAGCCUUGCUGUUAUAACAGAUCUCCAUCAAAACGCAAAAGAGAUCUUUUUUUGAAGCGGCGGUCAUUAUCUUCAAGUUCUUUACCAACAAGAGUCGCAAGCGCACCAUGUGAAUUAAGCAGCAUGGCAGAAUGUGAUGAAAACGAGACUGACGUUGAUUUGUUCGAAACGGACCACAAACAUAGUGAUAGUACAUGUAGUAGUAGUCGUCAUUCAUCCAUUGAUAGUUGUUAUAGUGAACUGUCGAGCUUGCCUGACAGACGGCGAUCAUCGUGUAACAGUUGUUGUUCAGGUAUUGAUGGAGGAAUAUAUAGUGUUUUUGAUAUUGUCGGAGAAAGUUUCGAGGCAAGAUUCCCAUGGCAAAGGGAUGUUGCUACACAAUGUAAUAUAGUGAUCGACUGUAAUAGAGACAAUUCCUAUUCACGUAGGUGUUCAGGACAAAACUUACUUGAUUCACCUACAUCCCAACAACUACUAAGGCGUAAAAAGUUAGGUCAAAGACCUCAUUCAAUAGGUUGUGUUGAAAACGAACUUUAUGACGAGGAGUUGUUACGGGUACGGUUUGAACAUUCACAACAACCGAGAAAGUCGGAUUCGUGUUUACAAGUAUCACCUAGAAGUCAGCGUCGACGCUCAUCCCCGUUUUAUCUAGAUGACUUUGGGUCUGGUUCAGUUUCAGAUCUGGGAUCAAUUUCAGAAAUCCCCGAUUUUGAAAGGGAAAACAGUAUAAUUACUGAUGGUGAGGUUUCUUCAUUAUGUCGUGAACUGAGACAGAUAGCUAUAAAUGUGCAAUAUGAAAACGAGACUAUAAGUAUUCUUCCUUCUCCUCGAGUUUCUCCUUUGAUGUUUUUAGACAGACCUGAACAAUUGAAUGGGGAUGAAGACAAAGAUGAUUCCAGGUUUCUGAAAGUUCCAAAGAAGACAAACAGACGAGCGAAUUCAUUACCAAAUUCCAGCGAAUCAGACACCGAAAGAGAACCUUCACCUCCAGUAUCCAGACGAGGACGUAGAUCUGCAAUUGUUGACAUGAAGAAUUUUGGUGACGUUUCCCCAAGCACGCUAUCUCCUGAAGUCUCUCCAUGUAAUUCCUGUGAUGAAGGCGAUAAUGCUAGCAAUCUUGCAGAGCGCCUUAGACGUAGACGCAGCUCUGUCGAAAUGAACAUGUCUGUAUACCCAGGCGAUUUACUCGUUCAAGACGAUCCACACAAGAAAUUACUCAAAAGAAAUACUAUAUCGGAUUUUUAUCCAACUAAAAAUGGCACAACGACUUUGACGGAUGAUUCAAAGAAAAGACAGUCAUUUUCUUUAUUGAAGUUGAUGAAAACCAGAAGUAAGGAAUCCUUACCACGACUUGAAGAUAUUUUGAGUCAAAUCACACCAUCUGAAUUCAAAGACAAUCAUCUGACGGCAUAUAAGACGCUGCAUUGGUCAGAUUUAGUGGCCAGCUCUGACAAACAACAGGAUGAGAUUACGAUACCAGACAAAGAGAGAAAACGACGUGAAGCAGUAUGGGAAUUAUUUAAAAGUGAAUGUGUUUUCUUAAUAGACCAUCUUAUGGUUCUGAAGCAUUGCUUCAUGGAGCCAUUGAAAAAAGUUCAGGUAGAAGGGCAUUUAAUGUUUGCUGAACCCCAUGAUAUUUUCGGCAAUUUAGACGAACUUUGCUAUGUCAGCUAUACAUUUUGCAAAGAUUUUAUAUCAGCGUUGGUAAAAGAUAUGAGCUCUACAGAUUUUGGAAGUACAAAUGUUCUUGUAAGAGCUUUUGAACGGUUCACAACACAUUCCAGAGAUGGAGGGGUAUAUCACACCUACUGUCUAAAUUAUGUUAAUGCAUUAGGGUACCUUGACCAGUUACGUCGCCAUGAUGACUUUGUUGAAUUUGAAAAGUGGUGUACCUCUGACCAAAGAUGUAACCGAUUACAGUUAAAUGAUUUGUUGGUAGCGCCCAUGCAGCACUGUACAAAAUUUCCACUGUUACUUUUAAAUAUCCGAAAAUAUACACAAAACUCUACGGAACAAGAACUGCUGUCAGAACUUAGAGAAAAAGUAGAAUUUUCACUGAAAAAGAUGGAAGAUAAAUUGAAGUGGGUAAAGAAUUAUGAACGUUUACAAGAUAUACAGAGUCAGUUAGUAUGGCCAUCAAUCUCAGAUAUUGAUCCGAGAGCUCUUAUUCCAGAUUUUCUAAAAACCAGAUUAUCAAGACAACCGUGUGAAAGACUUAUAUGUAGUCCAGGAAGACAACUCGUUCAUGAGGGAUUCUUAACUCUUGUUGAUUCUGCCAAAUCUAAUGAAAUGUAUGUUUUCCUUUUCGAUGACAUCUUAUUAAUAACAAAACCAAAGAAACUUCAAAGAAAGAAACAUUCCUUGGACAGUAAUUAUAUGAAGAUGCAAACAAUGUCAACAGUAGACAAAGGAACUUAUGUGGUAACAAAGCAACCAAUGUCACUUGACCGACUCAGUUUACACGAUAUAGGUCAUGCAGAGGCAGUUGCAAACGGUUUAAAGAAUGCAUUUGUUCUUGUGCAGAUCAGUCGUUAUCAACAGGUUAUAGGCGUAUACACUUUCCAAUGUCCGAAUGAAAUGAUGAAGGUCAAAUGGAUGGACAAGAUGACCGAGGCGAGGGCUAAGAUUGUUUCAGGACCUACGAAAAACUAUUCAUUUUUGGAUAAAUUCAAGCAGUCAAUAGCGUCCCCACCACGUUCACCACCAAUUAGCAGUGACUAUUUAAAAACUCGUAAAGCAAGACGACCUCAAUCCUUAAAGUCUUCUCAUGGAAAAUCUCUGUCAAUGGAUGCAGUGUAUUUAUGAACCUGCUUGCAUGUAAAUGAAUUAAAGGAAAACCUACAUCGGCUACGGGAUGUAUUACAUAUAUUUAAGUUGAAUUAGUGGGAAAUGGCAUACACAAGCGUUUUCGCUUAAUGGAUUGCGUUUCAGAAUAACACACGCAUUCGACAAGACAAUCGGUUUGAAAUUUUGGAGUUUUUUACUAUUUUAAAGGUGUUUUAACAUUUGAAAAGAUAAAAUAUAUAUAAGGUCAAUUCAAAACCACAACUCAUUAUAAGUAUUAUGUGUUUUGACAGUUGGAUGUGUUACAAAUAAGAACUUUUAAUGAUUCAUUUGCUUUUUAAAUGACAUGUUUAAACUUCUGAUAAACACAAACGUAAUCAAAAUUUCAACACUACUACCAUUUUUACCACAAACACUUUUUAUAC